AGUCGCGAAUACACCCAAGUGAUCGAACGUCCUGACGCGUACGCUCUGUAUAAGAAGAAGUUGAUUAGUGACGGUUUUUUUCACACAAACACCGAUCUUUUGAAGAGUGAACGCUUCGGUUACCUGGCGAAAAUGCUGCGAUUCGCCACCGUGCUGGCCGCCGUGUGUGCCAUCGGCGGAACAUUAACACAAGUAAAGGGUCUCAUGGAUAAUAACGCUCUAAACGGCGGGGCAGUGUCCCAUUUCGAGCCGCAGGUGGCCAUGUUGUGCGACGCCGGCCUCCACGGCCAGGAGGCGUACCACCCCAAAUACAUGACCGAACAAGGAGAGUGGAUGAGCGAUCUUUACUCCAAAGCCACCUGUUUCAAGGACAAGAUGGAUAUCCUAAACUAUUGCAAAAAGAUGUAUCCCAAAAGAGAUAUCACGAACAUAGUCGAAAGCAGCCAUUACUUGAAAAUUGGAUCGUGGUGUAGAGCUGGAGCUACACCUGGUACGCAGUCCAGAGGAAAAUGCAAGACGGCCAGAUGGGUUAAACCAUUCCGUUGUUUGGAAGGUCCUUUCCAAUCGGACGCUCUUCUCGUCCCGGAAAACUGUUUAUUUGAUCAUAUCCACAACCAGAGCAAUUGCUGGUCCUUCGGUAGAUGGAACGCAACCGCCGGAACUGCUUGCCAAGAAAAGGGUCUUCAACUUCGCUCGUUUGCCAUGCUUUUGCCCUGCGGAAUCUCCCUCUUCAGCGGCGUAGAAUUCGUCUGCUGUCCAAAACACUUCAAAGACACUCUUAAACCCCAAAAACCAGUCGACCUCUCAAUUCUUAAGAAAGAACAAGACGUUUUCGAUGCCAUCGACGAUUCUGACGAUGACGACGACGACGAAUCCGACGAAGAUGAUGACGCAGAUGACCUCGACGAUCUAGCAGAUGACACCGAACUCUCCGACGACCCCACCAUGGAGGAUGAUGAUGAUGAAGAGGAUGAUGAUGAUUACGAUGACGGAGACUGGGACACGACUCCAUCAAGCACCACUGCAGUGUACAAAGCCACCACUCCUUCCACUACUACUACUACUACAACUGUUAGAAGUACUUCAGUACCCACACCGGACCCGUAUUUCACCCAUUUCGAUCCAAGUUCUCUCUUUAGAAACGAACACGACAGCUAUAAGGAAGCCCAGGAGCGCUUGGAAGAAACCCACAGAGAGAAAGUGACGAGGGUUAUGAAGGAUUGGUCUGACUUGGAAGAACGUUACCAGGAUAUGCGCCAAACUGACUCACGUGGUGCCGAUGAGUUCAAACAAAGAAUGACGCAGAGGUUCCAGCAGACAGUUCAGGCUCUUGAAGAGGAGGGCGACGCUGAGAAGCAUCAAUUGGCCGCCAUGCACCAACAGAGGGUUUUGGCUCAUAUCAAUCAGAGGAAGAAGGAAGCUAUGUCUUGCUACACUCAGGCUUUGAAUGAUCCUAUUCCAAACACACACCGCGUUCAGAAAUGCCUCCAGAAACUCCUCAGAUCCUUGCACAAAGAUCGCGCCCACGCCAUCAGUCACUACCGUCAUCUCUUGGCCAGCAGCAUAGAAGCGGCCGCGAGGGAGCAACCCAGAAUAUUGGAACGUCUCACCGACAUUGACCGCACCGUUAACCAGAGCAUGCAAAUGUUAAAGAGAUACCCUGAAUUAUCCAACAAAAUCGGUACACUUAUGGACGACUACAUCCAAGCUUUGAGAUCCAAGGACGAAACACCUGGAUCUUUGUUGUCCAUGACUGCCGAGGCUGAACAAGCGAUUUUGGACAAAUACAAGACGGAAACUGCCAGCAAACAGGCUGAAAGAGAAAGGCAAAGAAUUCAAGAAAAGGAAAGGAAAGAGCAGAGGAAGAAGGAAAGAUCUGAAUUAAAGGAAGAGAAGAAACGCGUCGAAGCAGCUCUUGGCAAGAAGAUCAGCAACUUUGAUGAUGAAGAUAUGGAAGAUGAAUCAUUGCCUGAAGAUAAAUCUACUGCAGUUCCAACAACCCCAUUCGUCAGCACAAUGAGCAGCGAAGUGGUAAGCAACGUGAUCACCGCUUCUUCAAACAACCGCAAAGAGGUCGAUGACGCAGCCGUUCAACAGGCUGUCGAAGAUGUCGCUGCCGUCGCUCACAGACAGGACGUGAUCAAGAUUGCCCACGUUAUGAAUCACGACAUUAGCCACGGCGAGCCUGGUUACUCUGUAAGAAGGGAGAUCUACGGGCGCCGGGACGGAAAGAGCGUCUAUUUCACACUGGCCUUCGCCGGCAUGGCUCUGAUGGCCGCCGUGAUUGUCGGCGUCGCAGUGGCCAGAAGGAGGUCGGCCAGAUCCCCUCAGAGCCAAGGUUUCAUCGAGGUUGACCAAGCGGCAACACCGGAAGAGAGGCAUGUGGCAAACAUGCAAAUAAACGGUUACGAGAACCCAACAUACAAAUACUUCGAGGUUAAAGAGUAAAGGGAGCAGCCCGUUUGAGUUUUGGACAUUUAUUUAAUUUACUGUUAAUUUGCUUGGCAGCCAUUUAUUUAUGUUAUUUAAGCAAUAUAUAUUUUGAUAUUUUUUACUUUUUAACCAAUGAUAUUUGUUAAGUUUGAUAUUUUAAUGAAUAGUGCGCACUGUUGAAGUGCGCGUAGUUUUUAAUUUGAUUUGAGCAUUCCAGUGUGUUAUUUGUAUACUUACUUAUUCUUUAUACUACGUACUUAAUUAUGUUAAGAGCAACUUGAUAAUAAUAAUUCUACAUAUGCAAAAAUAUAUAAAUAUUUUCAAUUUAUAAAUCAAUAAUGUAAUAUUUUUUGCAUAUGACAGUCCAAGUUUACAUUAUCGUAAUCUUUCUAGAAAGCACAUUGUGAAGAAACACUGAAGACCAUAACUAGUAUGACGCGUGUAUCGUUACAAUGUUUAUAUAAUAGCUAGAUGUAUGGUACCCUCCAUAAUAAAUUUAAUAAAUAUUAGAUUAUAAAAGUGCAUGUUUACUCGACAAGCUUUUGUACAAAGUCUUUUUAUUUUUUGAAAUACGUAAUCAGCUUCAAGACGCCCUUUAAACAUAUUAACCGGACUCGGACAAGAUUGUGCUUAUACAAUGCCAUUCACUACAAAAACCCAUCAAGUAUUAUUGCAGUGAAUCGUACUGUAUAUUAUGUAUAUAGCAGUAAGUAAAUCGCAAGUUUAAAAUUAAAGUUUUUAUUUCUAAACAAAAAAAUUUAGUACCAGUGUUUCUAUUUUAACUACAAAGCUUAAUAAGGUUUUGGAUGUAUUUAACUGUUUUAAUAUGUUGUCUAACAGUUCAAUUCCCCUUACUUCUUCGUCAAGAUUAACAUAGUUGAACUAUUCGACGUACAUAGUCUACCUUAAUCAAACUAUAGCUAAAUAAAUAAUAAUAAAUGUUAAUCCCUAAAAAGUAAUUUUAUACAGUUCGAAGAUUCGAGAUUUUGGGCAGCACAAUAAAACAUUAUUUGAAUACAUGUAUACCUAUCUUCAGUUCGAAUUACCUAUACUGUACGUUUGAUAUGUUAAUAAUAAGAUGUUUUGUGAAAGAACUAUAUUACAUUUAAGAUUAUGGGUUGCAAAACAUUGAGAUAGAAAUACAUCGUAUUCAGCUCACUUUAAAAGGUAAUUUUCGACAUAUCAAUUUGCAAAAUUACUUUUUAAGCUUGUUAUAUGAGGAAAUUUAUUUAUUUUCCUUACAUAAUAAUGGAAAUUUCAAUGUUCAGUUGGUUGGUUUCACUUUAAAAUUAAUUAAAGAACCCUAAAAUGUAUUUAACAAUUUUCAGCUAAUAUGUGUACAGUUCUAGAUAAGAAAAUAUUAUCUUUUCUUACACUCUAGAUUUAGGCUAUUGAUUAUAAAGUGUGUUGGAUGUGCAUAGUUUUUACUUAAAAUAUCGAAACAUCUUAUCUUUUUCGUCCAAUCAAAUUAAACAUUUUUCUGUACCUACCUUACUUUCAAAAGUAGUUUAGUUUUUAGCUUAGUUUGAUAUAUGUUUUGUGGCCAUGUAAUUUUAAAUUUAAUGUAAUAAAAACUUAAUAACUAA